AUGGCCCUGCUAAAUGGGGAGUUAUGUCACUCCCCUGGCUGCAUGCUGGGUGCUGUUCACCUCCUCCGUCUCAACCUGGCUGAGCUGGUGGCCUUGAGGCCCGACCUGGCUCGCCUCAAGAAGGUUCUGUACUUCCACGAGAACCAGCUGGUCUACCCCGUCCGCAAGACCCAGGAGAGAGGACUUCCAGUAUGGCUACAACCAGGUCCUGUCAUGCUUGGUGGCAGAUGUGGUGGCGUUCAACUCCUCUUUCAACAUGGAGUCCUUCCUGUCCUCCAUCUCGUCCUUCAUGAGGAGGAUUCCCGACCACAGGCCCAGAGACCUAGCUCGCUCAUACGACCAAAGUGUCGGGUCCUCUACUUCCCUCUCCAGCUCCCGGACGUCACCAGGCUCCUCCCUGAGCACAAGACUCUUUGCAGACUGAAGGAACCUCAGCAGAACGUCUCUUGCACAAGUAACUCAGCAGAGGAGCCGCUCUCCCUCUCCCCAGAGCCGGGCCAGGAGGUCGAGGCCGACCAGGGCCUCUGUGACCGGCGGGAAGCUGAGAAGGAGGCGGGGAGUGGAGGAGCAGAGGGUCAGGCCCGACCGCUCCAUAUCGUCUGGCCGCAUAGGUGGGAACACGACAAAGACCCGGAGCUGUUCUUCAGGACGCUGCUCAAGCUGAAGAACAGAGGCCUGGCCUUUCAUCUGUCUGUGCUGGGGGAGACCUUCACCGACGUACCAGAUGUCUUUGCGGAGGCCAAGGAAGAGCUGGGUGCCCAUGUUCUCCACUGGGGCUUCCUGCCCAGGAAGGAGGACUACCUGGGGGUGCUGUGCCAGGCAGACGUGGUCGUGUCCACCGCCAGGCAUGAGUUUUUCGGAGUGGCCAUGUUAGAGGCUGUCCAUUGUGGCUGCUAUCCUCUGUGUCCAAAGGCCUUGGUUUACCCAGAGAUAUUUCCAGUGGAUUAUCUGUAUGCCACUCCAGAGCAGCUGUGUAAGAAGCUGCAGGCCUUGUGCAGAAGACCUGAUGUUGUCAGGAGACAUCACAUUCAGGUUGACACCAGGAAGUACUCCUGGGCAGCAUUGAAGGAGGGCUUCCUCAGUCUUCUGUCUGGAGAGGAGGAGGACCCUCACCCUGACCCAGUCCCAGAUCCAUCCUGACUAGACCCUGACCCAGACUUUAGAAGAGGACUGUGGAAGAGGAGAACCUUCAUCCCUCUCCUGGAAGCCUCUCUGGAGCUGCAUUCUUACUUCACUCCAUAACAGGCUGAAGGAGAGGGACUGGAGGUAGACAGAGAGUCUACCGAGUGCUGGGAGUUCGUCAUAGUUGACUCACUGCCACAAACCUGUGGUGGCUUCCAGCACCUCCUCUCUACUCUCCUCUUCUCUCCUCAGCCUCUCCUCUUCUCCUCUCCUUGCUUCUCCUCUUUUCAAAUCAGAACCAGUCCUCUUCUGGAGACAUUGUGCCGACCCUGUAAAUGUCCCCCUCAUCUUCACGUGCGAGAGAGAAACUUUUAUGUGUGUGGUUUCUAGAAAGAAAAGAAAUGGAAAAAAAAAUCAAAAGGAAAAACGUGUAAAGGCUUUCAUGUUUCCCAAAGGCAGUGCCACCUCACAUAUCCGGUCGGGGCCAUUUUUAUCCUCUGUUCUGGAGAACGUGGGGCUGAAAGGGACUCUUUUUCUUUCUUCUUCUUUCUCCUCCUCCUCCUUCACCGCUGCCGACAGACUGGCAGCCAAGUUGUGGCUGGAAGUUCUGUUUUCUGUGGCUCCACCUGGGUUGCCAGGUUUGAGGGCAGAGGGCCUGGAAAGCUGUGCUUGCUGAAGUGCCUUAGCAGACUGGCUGCAGGGCUGCUCCACAUCUAUGGUUAUGGGUGGCUCCUUUACCUCAUACUUUUGUUGAGCCAUUGAUAGCCAUUGACAAUGCCUAUAUUCUCAGCAGUUUUUUUUCUAGUUUUUUUCCUCUCGUAACAAUAAAAGUCAACUCAAAUGUAUAAUCUGUUUGUAGACCAUGUAUUUGUGGCAUGAUGGUCUUUGGUCUAAUUCCGUUCAGGGAAAGGUUUGUCAUGGGUAGGAUCCCAUUGCCACCAUACACUAGACCAUAGUUUAUAUAUUUAACCACCUUAGCCUGUUUGGGGAGACCUUAAAACCACUCUUUAAACCCUUCCAUUACGGAGUGAAAAGGUGGAAAGUGUGAAAAUAAAUGGCUUCCCACUGUAGUUGUGAAGCCCUUUUCCUGCUGCUCCUCUCCUUCCUCUGAGCAUUGCUAACAGCAAACUGAAUCCCUCAUUCUUUCGUGUACCCUUGAUCUUUUAUAGAGAAAUCACAAGAACAGACUGAGGAGGAAACGGCAUCCAGACAGACAGAGAGAGAAUGAAUAGAUAUAAAGGAAAAAAAUAACUUACUGAGAAGAAAUGAGAAGUUGUGUAUGAUGCUAUGUAUGAUGCUACUAGUGUGACUGUGCUGAAGCAAGAUGGAAGACUGAGGUCUAACAUUACCAAAGCCAGAAGAACCUUAGGAACCAGAACAACCCUGUAUGUGGUGCUAUUGGAGACUGUGUUGUUAAUUCUGGGUUGAUACUGGUGUUUAGGGGGAACACAGGCACCCAACUGCCUACCCCCACUAUGGAACAUAACACUGGGGAGCAGCUUGGAGCACCCGACCCCCUGCAGAGACAGACUGGGGGAGACCCUUCCCCCAUCUCUCUCCUCCUCUACUGGCCCACCACCAUUAGCUUGCUCACAGAUCACUAGGUGUUUAUGCUGCUAACAGAGGAUGAUGCAAGAGUCCAUAGGGUUUGAAACUGACUGAAAAUAUCACCAGGGGCUAGAGUAGUCCAUAGGGAAGGAGAUAAUCUCAGAUGUGUAUCGUUAAACCAACUAGCUGAACUUUAUCACCAGGAUAUGCAUGCCCUGUGUUUUGGUUUAUUUCGUUUAUUUCGUUUUGGGAAAAAAAAAACCUUGAGCCUCCAUUUUACCUAAAGUCCCCUGGCUCUCUCCAGAGGCAGCCCUUCAGUAUGCAGGGCCACGCAGAGCAGCAGAGUUGAACCAUCAUUUUCAUGAAUUAAGCAGCUCUAAAUACAACAUGACACAUCACGGCAAUUUCCCCUUAACAUGUAUUCUAGCUGUAAAAAUGGCCGUCCAGUGUUUAAAUACUGUGAAUGAUUUCUGCCCUGUGGGCCUUCUCUUCCACCUGGGAGUCAGAGGAGAGGAAGUGGAGGAUUAAUUUGAUUCCUUUUGCGCUAAGCGAGAGUCUGUCAUAGCAACUGCUCCUAGCCAGACUUGGUGGUGAGCCACAAACAAGCCCUGUCUCUGUCCACAAGGCCAUGGUGUAACUGGAUGUAAAUCCAGUCAGUUCAAUAUGCACAGAGUGGACAUGAACUGUGAUAGCCGUAUUAGUGAUGUUGUCUGAUAUUGCUAAAUAAAUAGACCAUUUGAAAUUGAGUUCUUGGAUUUCAGCAGGGGACACGGUCUUUCCUGGUUUUAAAGGGUUUUAUUCCUCAAGCAUUGUGGUUUUAUUGGCGUCUUCUUCCAUGUUAUAAGGUACAACAAAGGCGUAUGAUCGUCUGUUGUUGCUAUCCUAGCUGAAACGCAUCUGACACACUAACCAACACUUAUGAAGCUAUGAAUCUCCCAUUCUCUAUGAUUGGGCAUUAGAGACUAGGGGACCAUGAGCACUAAUGCAGUUACAUCACAACGUGUUGCGUGACAUGUUGAAGAUUACUCUCAUCACUCCUCAUGCUAUUUUCUUAUCAAAUCAGGCUUUGUCCGACUAACCCUCUCACCGAGAACUCAUCCACUUAUCACUCCCUCAUCAGACACGGCCAGGCCGUCACCUGGCCAUAUCUGGUUUGUGUGGAUAUUGUUCGUUUAAUCACCGUUCUGAGAAGAAGAGAUGAUUAAACAACAGCCGGGCGCUCCGACGGUCGGCUCGUUUCCUCCAGGAGGGGAAGAAUAAGAACGAUUCACACGCCACAAAAACAAAUGUCUUUUUUGGCAGACAGUCAACUGUCCAACAACACGUGGCACUAGCUCGGACAGGGAAAACAACUCCUAAUGACCUGAGUGGAGGGAGAGAAAGCCCGAGAGACAGCCCUGCCAGAUGACCCCUUCAGCAGAUGUAUGGAGGGCAUACCGUGCUGGACCUGCAGCAGAAGUGGGUCAGGCCUUGGAGGGCUUAGCAUGCAGAAGCUGAUGCACAAGUGUCAUUGGGCCAAAAUGUGCAUUAUAUGCUGCAUGGACAGCUUUGGGUGUCUGCCAGUGGCCACAUGACCAUUCUGCAUCAGAAUAGAAGACAACAAACAGGACACAUACACACACACACACACACACACACAAACGAAGCACAACAAGACCCGGGUGGUACGUGAUCGUUUGAAUCUAGAGUAGGUACAUGAAUACCCUCGCACAAUGGCUGCAGUGCUAGCACAGUAAGUGGCACUCAGUCAAGUAGAGUGAUGUCUAUUCCUCAUCCAUAACGCUCUACUCAGUGCUGUGACUGGGACCAUUGACUUGUAGGACUCCCACAACAGGCCUGGGUCGCGACCUGACGUCGCCGUUAACCCUGUCACAAUGCAGUCAGUCUCCUCGUUGCAAAAUGCCACCCCGCUCAUAAAGCUUUUACAGCGCAGUCCAUAAAACACUGAAUGCAUUAAACCUUUUCAUAGGCUUGUUAAUAAACGUCGCUUUGAACAGUUGGUGUCGUGUGAACGGCCGGGUGUUUACUGUAUGGCCUGUCUGUGUCGUGUGUGUGUGUGUUUACUGUAAUGUGUGUUUGCAGUCUACCUCAGGGCUAUAAGGCAACUUAUUUCAAACUACUUUCCCCAGCUUUGAUAUGUGUCUACAAUGAAAAUCCCCACCAUGGUUUAAUCUUGGAAACCUCCACACAAGCUGGUUGUGUGCCCCACCCUUAGUUAAGCUAAUUAGCCAACAGCGGUUAUUGGGGCCUCCCAGUUGCUGAUAAGCCACUGCACAGCCAUCGCCACUGCUGUAGCAGUUAGUUACACUAUGUUUCCAGAAAAGCCUUUAAAGCAAACUUUUAGGAGGUAGCUUCAAACCAUGUAAACCAUAUAAACACCCUGGUCCAGGAGAACCCGACAGAGCGCAAUCUCUCCUUGUCUUCGUGUCACAUUUCAGCUGUUGUCAUCUUCCGUUCCCUCUGCUCCUGCACACAGCCAAGUGAGAAUCAUUCUCUCCGGUAAUUAAAGCUUUUUUUUUUCUCUCUUCCUCCCGUAGCCGGGGGUGAAAGAAAGGGGAGCGUUUCUUAAUGUGGAGGCUGCUAGAUGAGUGCAUCAUUGUAGCUGGGGGUUGUGAACGUCUAGAUUGUGGCCGUGAGCCGUGUCUAGUUCAGUCAUCUCAACCUCACAGACAAAUACACUUUUCUAAACCCAUCAACUAUGGCACAACCAUUUUGUCUCAAAAGGCUAAUACUGUCUGCCCCCACCCCCCUGCCCUCCACAACAGAAAUGACGAUCCUGCAGAUCCGUUUGUUGACGAGGAUAAUUACCGAAACUGAAAUGAGAAUUCAAUAUUUUGGGGGUAAACAAAACUUUUUUCUCCGUUCCUUUGGAAUAUGGAAGUCGGAGCAGGAAAGCAAGAGCGUCCGUUAU